UUUGUCGUGUCUAGUCAAUAAUAGCACAGUCCCUCUAUUGCGUUAUAGCGAUUAAAUAAAGGAGUAUCUUAAAUAUCCAAGUAUUCAUUAUUGCAGAGUUUAAACUGCAAUGUUUUUACAUACAAUAACAAAGGCGUUUUAAUUUUAUUGCAAAUAGCAAUAACAACGAACAUGAAAGUUAUAAACAAUGCAGCCCGUGUGAUAAAUAAAAGACCAUUUCGAGUAUCAAUUGAAGGUAACAUAGGAUCGGGUAAAUCGACGUGCAUUAAACAUUUCGAGAAAUAUAACAAUGUGGAAAAACAUCCGGAGCCAAUACAAGAAUGGCGUAAUGUCAGUGGUCACAACCUACUUGGGCUUCUGUAUAGUGAUUUGAAUAAAUGGAGCUUUGCAUUUCAACACUAUGUGCAUCUCAGCAGGCUGAAAAUCCAGACUAGUCCACCAUCUAACCCCAAUAUUACUGUGAAGAUGUUUGAAAGAUCAGUACAAAACAGUCGACACUGCUUCGUCGAGAAUGCAAAGAAACAAAACUUUCUGCAAGACCCUCAGUACCAAGUCCUCCUCAGUUGGUUCGACUACACUGAAAAGAAUAUUGACAUAAGCUUAGAUUUAAUUGUAUAUUUGCGGACGACACCUGAAGUGGUGUGGGAGAGAAUGAUGAAACGAGGCCGCGCUGAGGAGUCGGAAGUACCGUUGGAAUAUUUACAACAAGUGCAUGAAUCAUACGAGAACUGGUUAAGCUCCCCUGAUGUAGGCUGUGAGGUGUUGACAAUCGAUGCUGAUAGAAAUAUUGACUCUGUGCUCGAAGAUCUGGAACGAUACACCUACAAGAUAUUGGGUGGGAACCAUACUAAUUAGGUACUAGGGACUAUGAUUCAACUAAGAAUAUAAAUGUCAAUGACCUUAUUGUGUCAAAAAAUUUCAUUUAAAUAAUAUGAUUCACUUGGAAAACCUUUUUGCUCAUUAAUAAUAUUUUUAUUUAGCAAGACUGUUACUUCAAAUGUAAUUAUGUAAUUAUAAAUACCAUAUAUUAUUGCUUAACAUAGAUCAUUCAUUUGAUAGCUUCAAUGUUACAAUACGGAUCUAUUUCAAUUCUAUUCUUAGUUGGAUUUCAUAAUAUAUGGAACAGUUAAAGAUAUUGAGGCUUAAGAAGGUAUAUAAAAGGAUAUUUUAAAGUAUUACUCAGAUGAUGGGUUUUAUUAUUAUUUCAUGAAAUAAUAUACAUUUUCAGUCAGUCAACCAUUCUUGACUUGAAAAUUUUUUUAUAAAAGAGUUAAACAAAUCAUGUAAUUUGCUAAAGAUAAUAAUUAUAAUUUAGGUCCACUUAUUAGGCUUUUAUAUAUUAACAGCAUUGAUAACAAACAAAAAUAUGCAAUAAACAAUAUUUUAUACUGAAAAAAAAAGGUAUGAAGUCUUUACCUACUUCUGUACUUGUUAUGAGCCAAUGAGUUGGUUUGAACGCACUAAUCUUAGAAUCUCAUUCACCAUUGAAUAUGUAUGUGAUUCCUUAGUGCUAUACGCUAUAUAAGCUGGGGCGGAUCGCUAGAUAGCUGCAGACGAUUUUCGUAUGUUUUUUGGACGCUGGAUCGAAACCACUUCGAAGA